UUUUGAAAGUACUUGAACCGGAAGUGAUUGCGUGCGGCUUCAUUUGUGAUCAGGAGACACGUGCCAAACCUUCCCAGAUGUUUUGACAUGUCGAGCAGUUUAAUGCAGUGAUAUUAAAAAUUUAGAUACAGAGUAUUUUACGUACAUAGUCGCACGUGCUAAACUGAAACGUCCGUGUUCAUGGUCUAAUACUGGCUAAAAGGUUAGCAUUGAAGCUAACGCAAGUUAAGGUGCAUUUUCCUGCCAUCAUGGCUGAUGCAUUCAGUAGCAGCUCGGAAACUGUAAUUCAGCGGGUGCUGGAAGUAAUUUCGAAGGCAAACACACCUGCAGAGAAACUAGAUGACUUGUAUGAGAUAAAGAAGUGUUGUAAGUUCAUUACAGACCAUCAUUUCCAAAAGGUUGCUCUGCAGUUUCCUGAUGAGCUGCUGAGAGAUUCCGUGGCAGUAGCAGAGGAGAUUGAGAAAAACUGCAAUGUCAAAACAUUCAUUUUGGGAGACACUUCUUAUGGCAGCUGCUGCGUGGAUGAAGUGGCUGCCGAGCACGUCGGGGCGGACUGCAUCGUGCACUACGGCAGUGCUUGCCUCAGUCCCUCAAAAAGGCUCCCUCUAAUGUACAUUUUUGAAAAAAGACAACUAGAUGUGGAGAUGUGUGCUUGCUCCUUCCGAGAGCUUUACCCGGACAAACAGAGCCAUGUAGUUCUCCUUUACGAUGUCAACUAUGAUCACGCUAUCGAUGAUCUUGUGAGGAUUCUGUCUCCAGAGUAUCCAAACCUUCUUGCAUCCAAACUCGUCGUAGAAAGCGAGCAGUGCUUUAGUCACGACCGGACAGAUCAACUGAGUUCUUUACUUUCUGAUCAUGAUGAAAAGCAGCUCGUCUACCAGUUUGGAAGGCAGUUCUGCCUCAAAACAGGCUUAACAAUAACAGAUUACAGUAUGUUCUACGUCGGUCAGGAAGGAGCGACGCUGCGAAACUUCAUGAUGACCUGGAAUCGAUGCUCUUUUUGCUCUUUUGACCCAGAGAAGAGGAAGGGAAGAGUUGAGUCAAUAAGUAUCAACCGAGCACUUAUGAAGCGGUAUUACGCCAUAGAAAGAGCCAAGGAUGCCAGUGUGGUCGGCAUCCUGGUGGGCACCCUGGGGGUGGCCGACUACCUCACCAUCAUCCAGCAGCUGAAGGAGAACAUCCACAGAGCUGGCAAGAAGAGCUACGUGUUUGCUAUGGGGAAGCUGAAUGUUCCUAAGCUGGCAAACUUUCUUGAAAUCGACAUAUUUGUCCUUAUCGCGUGUCCCGAGAACUCGCUUCUGGACUCGAGUGAGUUCUAUAAACCUGUGGUGACGCCGUUUGAGAUGGAGGUGGCCUGCAAUAGGAAAAGGGAAUGGUCAGAGGAGUACGUCACCGACUUUCGACAUCUCCUGCCAGGAGGACCCAGUCAUGUGCUUUUCGCAGAGAGGCAGGAAGAAGAUGACGAGACGGACGUUUCUUUGAUCACUGGAGCUCUGCGAAGCUCAAGCGUGGCGAACGGCGAGCCUGCGGAGAGCCCGUAUGGAUCCUCUGUGGUUCUUAGGAACCAGACGAUGACCGUAGCCAACACCAACUCCGCUGCAUCCUUUUUGGCGAGUCGGAGCUGGCGUGGUUUGGAGCAGAAGCUGGGAGAGACGCCUGUGGUGAAGGCAGUGGAGGGCCGGAGAGGCAUCGCUAUAGCCUACGAGGAGGAAGGAUCUUCUUCAUAAUCACCAGCAGAGCUCCUCCAUUGUUCGUGGACAAAUCAUGCAAAUGGAUUAAAGUAAUUCUUCAAGAGAUGUACCUGCUAAAUGUUUUUACAAUAAAUCUAUUUACACAAUAA